AUGGACGACCAGUUUGGAGGCCGGACGGACGACGAUCUGUUCUACGACGACUUCGAGCCCGUCGACUCUGAGGCCGUCUUGAUCACCGAAGAGCCGUACAUCGCGCCUUACACGCAGCCCGCGCCAGCUGCCGAACCAGCUCCAGAGCCGGCUCCUACACCAGAUCCAGCUCCUGUCCAGGCUCCAACUCCCGCUGCUGCACCAUCCCAGCAGAGUCAAACUCCUCCAUCCUCCAAGCCGUCGCCAGCUCCCGCGCCCGCUGCGGGCAGAGGCAAAAAGGCCAACAAGGGUCUUUCAUCUUCUAGCUCCUACACAAGCACCGAAGCAAAGGCCGAAGCAGACGCCGAAGCAAGCGCCAAAGCAAGCGCCAAAGCAAGCGCCAAAGCAAGCGCCAAAGCCAGCGCCGCAAGAGAAAAGGCCCAGUCACAGUCGCCUCCUCCCAAUGCAAGCACUUCCUCCAAGGAGAGACCGCAGCGAAUAUCGCCGCCGCAAAACACUGCCGUCAGCGCCGACGUACGUGCCAAGUCUGGCUCUAACCCGCGCCAAAAACUUACCGACAAUGAGCUGGCUGCCAAGAUGGAGAAGAUGAAGCUGCUGUCAGCAGAGAAGGCGCGCAAGUUUGAGAUGGCAGAACAAGACGAGAAGCAACACGCUGAGGCAUACGCGCGAGGAAUGGAAGAGGCGCGCAAGAGAAGAGCUGAGGAGGCAGAGAGGAGGAAACGCGGUGAAGAAGACAGACGCAAAUUGGAAGACGAGCGGGCUAAGAAUCGAGAGAGGAAACUCAAGGCUAUGAACAUUAAGGAUGGCAGCUGGGACGAAGGGAAAGAGGCCUUGGCUGAGGAGGAGGCUAGAAGAGGAUUCCGCGGCGCCAAUGGUGGCAUCAGGGGAACUAAGAGUCGAGGCCUAGGUGGAAGCCGAUUUGCUCAGGGCGAGGAAGUUCGGGGCGAGGAUGCUUGGGGCGAAGAAGCUCCGGAUGUCGACCGCUUCCUGGAUGACCGCUACCGUGGCCGUGGACGGGGAGGCCGUGGGAGAGGCGGCAAUGGCCGAGGCAGGGGUCGUGGCCGAGGCGGUUAUGAUGGACCAGUCAACGACUUUCGUCCAGCGGAACCAGAAGUCCCCGCUGUGGACAAAUUUAACAAAGCAGCCCCUGUUGUUGACGAUUUUCCUGCCCUUCCUGUUGGAAAGAACAGCGACAACAGUGGCAACACAAAAACGGACACAGAACAGAACAGCAGUGCAGAGCCAAAACCCACCAUGGCACAGGCGGCGAAGUUGGCGAUGGCCCCUGCUCCCCCGCCUCUACCGCCUAUUGAGCCUGGCGGUGCGUGGGAUGACGAGAUGGAAGCUCUUGAUGCUAUGAAACAGUCUAAACCAUAG